GAGCGCUGGCAGGUUAAAAGCCAGCAGCUGGGGACCUCUCCCAUCCUCUCCUCCGAUGCUAGGUGCUCAGCUACAGCCACAUGGCUACCGCCAGCCCUGCCAGAGAGGCUAAGGGUGGAAUCCGAAAGUGGGAGAAGAAGGAGAAAGAGGAAGAGGAAGAGGAGGCAGCAGUGGAGGCUUCGAUGGGAGAGGCGGCUCCGAGCUCUCCCCGGGCUCUGCGGUCUCCGAGCAGGAAGGCCAGCGGUGAGGGCCCCGCGGAGGCAGGGCCGGAGCUGCACCCGCUGCAGAACAGGUGGGCUCUGUGGUUCUUCAAGAAUGAUCGCAGCCGGGCCUGGCAGGACAACCUCCAUCUGGUCACCAAGUUUGACACCGUGGAAGACUUCUGGGCGAUGUACAGCCACAUCCAGCUGGCCAGUAACCUCUCUUCUGGCUGUGACUAUGCCCUGUUCAAGGAUGGCAUCCAGCCCAUGUGGGAAGACAGCAGGAAUAAGCGGGGUGGCCGCUGGCUGGUCAGCCUCGCCAAGCAGCAGCGCCACAGUGAGCUGGACCGCCUGUGGCUGGAGACGCUGCUGUGUCUGAUUGGGGAGAGCUUUGAGGAGCACAGCCGGGAGGUGUGUGGCGCUGUUGUCAACGUCCGCACCAAGGGGGACAAGAUUGCCGUGUGGACGAGGGAGGCAGAGAACCAGGCAGGCGUGCUGCACAUUGGGCGUGUCUACAAAGAGCGCCUGGGCCUCUCCGCAAAGACCAUCAUCGGGUACCAGGCCCACGCAGACACAGCCACCAAGAGCAACUCCCUAGCCAAGAACAAGUUUGUGGUGUGAGGGGCCUUGGCACCACUCCCCAUACAGCGUCCCUGAGCCUCUCCCUGCUGUCUGUGUGUGUGUGUGUGUGUGUGUGGAGGGGGUGCUAGGCUACCCUGCUGAUGCUGGGCAGGACUGGAGGGCAGAUCACCCGGUUCUCACCUUCCUGGAGUGAAUAUGAAUGCUCUUUAACAUGAUUGGGGGCCAGGCCUAGGGGCAGCUCUGGGGGAGGGGCCAGCCUGGGGACUUGGGGCAGCAGAAAGGGGAGGACACCUCUGGGUUUCCUUGUCUCACUCCGGGGUGGGUGAGUGGGUGAGGUGAGUCAUGCUGGGAAGGAGAGCUCAACCGCAGGUGGAAAGAUGACAGGAGAGAAUCCUCUGAUCCAGCACUUACUCCUAAGUGGGCUAGGGGGCCUGAGGGCCAGACUCUUCUAUUGGGCGGGGGGGGGGGGUCAAGGCCACCGACACUGAGAGCUGGAGUGCAGGGACAGGAGUGGGGGACAUUUCCUCUUUGUGAUCACUCUGCUUAUAAACCUUUGUGGGUUGCCUCUCUGUGGAUUUGUGUCCUAAGAGCCCAGCCUGUCCCCCAUCCCUUCCUGGAGUGUGGUGACCCCACACCCCAAGGGCUGGAGGGUGAGAGGCGAAUGUGGUCUCACAGAGGGAUAUGUGGGGGCUGGAGCUCUCGCCCUUUCCUCAGCUGUGGCCGGGGUCUGGGCCUUGCCUGCCUUCGGGCUAGGCUGAACCAGAGGUGGGUGGAGGGGGCUCACCAAGGGGAGGAGGACAGUGGUGGUCAGCCCUCACCAUGGUUCUGCUAGAGGUGGGUUAA